AUGCCCAGUCCAAAAGGUUCACCGAAAAAAUCACCAAAAAAAUCGCCGAAAAAAGGAGGUAGAUCCAGUCCUGGGCGAGGGGGUAAGCUAACGGCCGAAGAGUAUGCUGAGUUGGAGAGGAAGUUCUUCGCCCGUAAGAGGUAUGACACAAUGGAUGCGGUAUUCGUGCAGAAGAGCCCGCUUAUUUCAUUGUACGUUCGAAGCAUACAUCUUUACGAGAUAUGGAACCGGCUGCCACCUUACGAACAGUUCUGCAAUUCCAACACAAAUGACAACCGAAAGAGUCCGAAAUCUUCCAAGUCCUCACCAAAAAAGUCCCCCAAAAAGGGUGGUGCGACAAAUCAAAAGGUGGUGAGUGAGGAAGCACCAAAACCGGAGUACGAGCCGGCCAUCAUCACCGGUGUCGUGGCCGUGCAUAAAACUCGGAUCACUAACGAAAAGAAAUUGUACGUAGAAGUCACAGCCAGAUUCAGAUAUGUUGGGCAUUCAAAGGUACCACCAUUCCCUGAUAACGUAAGUUCAGACUGUCAAUGUUGCAGGGAAGUAACAUUACUGUAUCCAAUCAACUUUGACAUCGAAAUGAAGAUAUCGGAGUUCAACCAACAGCUGAUAUUUAAAUUACGAAACUCAUUGGGCAGAGGUUACCGUUUUUUCCCCUUCCAUUUCGACGUCACUCGAAGACCGGAUUCGCUCUUCUUUACUCGCCCCUAUUAUCCAGACUACAGCAGUGGAUUAUUUUGGAAGCUUCGAACAUACAUUGCACGGGAGGAAAACUGCAGUUCCUUGCCGGGAGAAGAAACCAGUAUGGAAUUUUUCAAGUAUACCAUUUGCCCCGCACUAAGCCCUUCCAGUCUGCGUCCGGCACCACCCGUCGAAUACAAACGAUUCGCAACUGCGGAGGAUACAGGUGACCUAAUUCUACAAGCACAGCUAGAACGAGAUAUCUACUACCACGGCCAGGAGAUCAAGGUGAAAAUCCAAAUUGAAAACAACUCAGCAAGACAUGUGGUUCAUUCGGUCGCGGUAUAUGUGGAACAAACCUAUCGACUGUUUCAUCAGUUUCCGCAUGAUAGUAGCAUACCUCUGGGUGAAGUGUUACUGAAGGCCGGCGAGGCGGGUCUGCCCAUAAAUCCAAGAAACAGAAAUUGGAACAAAGAAGUGCUAGUUAAACCGGGUUACGAUGCAACUAAAUACAACCUUGCUAUUGACGGUAGAAUGCCAGUGGACAAUAAGAUCUUCCUCGCCAGUAGUACGGUGAUUAUGAUGGGUAAGCAGGUGCCUGUCAUUACGACGGAAGAGCCAGAGAAAAAACAACCGAGUCCUAAAGGUUCCCCAAAAGACAGAAAGAACUCACCAAAAGCAAAAUCUCCACCAAAAGACAAGUCUCCACCGAAGUCCAAAAAGUCACCGAAGCGCGACAAAAGUCCCGACAAGGGUGGUCAAAAGUCUUCACCAGAAAAAGCACCCGAAAGAGAAGAGCUACCUCCUGAAGAACCUAGGACAAUAGUAACAAUGACCGAAGUGAACGAGCUCACGAAUAAACAGUCAUGCCGGAGCGCUGCUGUUGCCUACGACGUGGUGGUUCGAUUAAAUAUAAAAACACCUACUGGAGACGAGGCAGGACACCCAAUGGUACGACUGCCUUUCAUUCUAACUCGAGAAACCCGAUUUCUUGAUAAAUUUACCAACCCCCCGCCACCUACAUGGGCGAUUGUCUCACCACAC